AUAGCCUGUGUAUCACGUGACGCAAAGACCGUAGUACACAGAACCUUAAGGCAGUUCCAGGAGCGGCUCCAUACCUACAGUCUCUGCUCGAUACCCAUUAGCGCGCGUUCAUACCGGUUCACAUCCCUGAGUCUCAUGGCUGUGUCAACGAGAAAAGAGAAGCUGGAAUUAAUCGCACAGAGAAUAAGGCCUUUUGUGGAUUUCCCGAGCAAAGGCGUUGUUUUUAGAGACAUUUGUCCACUACUAAAAGAUCCGGAAGCACUAUCUGCCGUUAUUGAUUUGUUUGAAGAGCAUGUAAGGGCAACUUGUCCUGGAGUUGAACUGGUCGUGGGUUUAGAUGCCCGUGGGUUCCUGUUCGGUCCUCUGCUGGCUCAGAGGUUAGGAGUGGGCUUUGCGCUGGUGCGAAAGAAAGGGAAACUCCCAGGACCCACUGUAUCGGUGGCGCACACUUUGGAAUACGGAAAGGCUGAAGCUGAAAUCCAGGAAGACGCAGUGCAUGCUGGGCAGAAGGUCAUCCUCAUCGAUGACCUGCUCGCCACCGGAGGGACGCUGCACGCGGCCUGCGAGCUGAUGAAGAAGCAGCAGGCGGAGGUGCUGGGCUGCCUGGUGGUGAUCGAGCUGACGGACCUGAAGGGGGCGGACAGAAUCGGGCCCGUGCCCGCGUUCUCCCUGGUGCAGUACUGACGGCGUUCCGGCUGCUGGGCUCGCUCUGCGUUCCAUUCCUUUACGUUCCCAAAAACAUUCCUUUAUCUCUGACGUUCACCCCGUUCCAAAAACAUCCAUGCAGUCAACGCAGUGCCCUCUUCAUAUGUGCGGUCAAGUGGGAGAGGAGGGGGGGGAAAAAAACAUAGGACAGGGCUGCUCCACCCAAUUCCUGUAGGUUCUCACUCCAAACCUAAUUUGGCACGGCUGAUUCUGUUAAUUGGCAGCUCAACAAGCUCUCUAGCUGUUGAAUGAGCUGUGGGCUUGUUAGGGUUAAGAGUAAAAACCUACCGGAUGGAGUUGAUCUCCAGGAACAGGGUUGGGCAGCCCCCCCCGAUAUAGGAUUUUUGCUGGAACUGGCAUUCGUAUGCACUUUAUGCAUCUUUUCAUAGGACCUAUAGACAUAUUUUGUCUACUGGAAUUGCACUGAAAUGCAUGUGAGGUUGUAUUGUACAUCUUUAUGAACAGGACAAGGGGAAAAUUCCUAAGGUGGAGAAAUGUCCUUUUAGUACCCUCAAAGUAAUUUUCCUAUAUAGACUUGUCGCAUAUAAUGCUUGUAUGAGUCAUUAGCCUUGUACCAAGGACUGUAGCCCAGGUCCUUGAUGACCUUAAUCUUUUUUUUUUUCUUUUUUUGCCUAAAAUGCCACCGUUACAGUAAUUUAGUCAGUCUGGGUAAAAUGGAAGGGUUAAUAUGCUCAAGAUGCAACUGCAACUUUUAAUUUUUGGAAUCUCUGUGCAGGCUUUAUAAGACUCCAGGAAAAUUUGCCAACCCCCUGCCUUACAGACAGACGAAACAGCCAAAUUUAGCAGUUGGCAUUUGUUUGGUGCCUUUCUGUUGACGCCUCAUAAGCACAGACAUUCCCUUGUGUUACAAUAGAAAAACUGUACAUCUGUUCAUGCUGUAUAAAUAAUCUAGCGCUGUAGGAAACGCUUGAUUCUACAGACUUGCAUUGUUACAAGGAAUUAAGCCCGCCAUUUUAGGCACAACCCAUUUGAUUAAAUACAAUUCCAUGAAA